GCGGAGCGCGAGCGGCCGCCGCCGUGUGUGUCGCAGCCGCUUUUCCUGGGCGGUUUGCGGAGCUGCUGCUAUGGCGGCGGCGGCGGCAGCGGCGACGGAGGAGGAGGAGGGGGCGAGCGUGAUUGCAGUUCCCGCUUCAGGUGCCGACGGCAAGGGCGAGUCGCCGGAGGUUGAAGGAGAAGGAGUAGGAGCCGUGGGCGAAGAGGACGCAGGCGCGGGAGGCGCGGAGGCCGCAGCGGACAGCGAGGAGGACGGGGAGGAUGUGUUCGAGGUGGAGAAGAUCCUGGACAUGAAGACCGAGGGGGGUAAAAUCCUUUACAAAGUGCGAUGGAAAGGCUAUACAUCAGAGGAUGACACCUGGGAGCCUGAAGUUCAUCUUGAGGACUGUAAAGAAGUUCUUCUCGAAUUUAGGAAGAAAAUUACAGAUAACAAAGCUAAACCAGUCAAGAAAGAUAUUCAGAGACUGUCCUUAAAUAAUGACAUAUUUGAGGCAAACUCUGAUAGCGAUCAGCAAAGUGAGACAAAAGAAGAUACUUCUCCAAAGAAGAAAAAGAAAAAAUUAAGGCACAGGGAAGAGAAAAGCCCAGAUGAUCUGAAAAAGAAAAAAGCAAAGACUGGGAAACUGAAAGAUAAACCCAAACCAGACCUAGAGAGCUCCUCUGAAAGUUUAGUUUUUGAUUUAAGGACAAAGAAAAGAAUUUUAGAAGCCAAAGAAGAAUUAAAGGAAUCCAAAAAGCCCAAAAAAGAUGAUAUGAAAGAAACUAAGGAGUCAAAGAAAGUUAAAAAGGGUGAAAUAAGAGAUUUAAAGACUAAAAUAAGAGAAGAUUCCAAAGAAAACAGAAAAACAAAAAAAGAGAAAUUUGUUGAAUCUCAGUUGGAAACUGAAUCAAAUGUACUUAACGAUUCCCCUUUUCAAGAAGAUGACAAUGAGGAUUCACAUUCUGACAACAGAGAGGAGAAACUAAAGAUUAAAAGUGCAAAAGAGAAAGCAGGGCAAGAUGUAAUUCAAGAUACUGUUUUUGAUAAGGAGCUGGAUGGCCCCGUAAGUGCUGAUGAGGAUACUGAUGGCAAAGCAAAGAGGAAAAAAAAGAAACCGAGAAAGACUGAGGAACUUAAAGAGAGCAAAAAGCUAGAAAACAAGAACCUUUUCCUAGAGAAGAAAAAUAUACAUAGAAAACAAAAGAAUCAAGACAAAGGCAAAAGUACUACAGAGUUAGAUAAGCUGACCCCUGCUUCUGCCCAAACACAGAAGAGUUCACGGUUGGGUGGGGAAGAAAGGAGCCUCAGGUCCUCUGACUCAGCUGGGGAAGAGAAAGAGACAAAAAAAAAUGAGCCCAAAGAAAAAUACCAGAAGAGGCAUGAUUUGGACAAGGAAGAAAAAGGCCGAAAAGAGCCAAAGGGAUUAAAGACAUUUAAAGAAAUCAGAAAUGCAUUUGAUUUAUUUAAAUUAACUCCAGAAGAAAAAAAUGAUUUCCCUGAGAAUAAUCGGAAAAGAGAAGAAAUACCACUGGAUUGUAAAAUCACAGAAGAUCACAAAACCAAGGAAAACAAGCAGUUACUUAAAGAAAGGAGGAGUACAAGAGAUGAAAUGGACACUUGGGCGUACAUAGCUGCUGAAGGUGAUCAAGAGGCUCUAGACAGUGUGUGCCAAGUGGAUGAGAAUUCUGAUGGCAAACAACAGAUCUUGAGUUUGGGCAUGGACUUACAGCUAGAAUGGAUGACGUUAGAAGACUUCCAGAAGCAUCUUGAUGGGGAAGAUGAGAAUUUUCCUUCAGCGGAUGCAAUUCCAAGUAAUUUAUUGAGGGAUGCUGUGAAAAAUGGGGAUUAUAUUACUGUAAAGGUUGCACUUAAUUCAAAUGAAGAGUAUAACCUGGACCAAGAGGAUUCGAGCGGGAUGACCCUGGUGAUGCUUGCCGCAGCGGGCGGGCAAGAUGACCUCCUGAGGCUCCUCAUCAGAAAAGGAGCCAAAGUGAAUGGGAGGCAGAAGAACGGAACCACUGCCCUCAUCCACGCAGCGGAGAAGAACUUUUUAACUACAGUGGCUAUUCUUUUGGAAGCAGGAGCAUUUGUAAAUGUGCAGCAGAGCAAUGGCGAGACCGCACUAAUGAAGGCCUGUAAAAGAGGAAAUUCAGACAUCGUACGACUUGUGAUUGAAUGUGGAGCUGACUGCAAUAUUUUGUCCAAGCACCAAAAUAGUGCGCUGCAUUUUGCAAAGCAGUGUAACAACGUAUUGGUGUACGACUUGCUGAAGAAUCAUUUAGAGACACUGUCAAGAGUAGCAGAAGAAACAAUAAGGGAUUACUUUGAAGCACGUCUUGCGUUAGUAGAACCCAUUUUUCCAAUAGCAUGUCAUCGUCUCUGUGAGGGGCCUGAUUUUUCAACGGAUUUCAAUUACAAACCCCCACAGAACAUACCAGAAGGCUCUGGCAUCCUGCUGUUCAUUUUCCACGCAAACUUUUUGGGUAAAGAAGUUAUUGCCCGGCUCUGUGGACCAUGCAGUGUACAAGCCGUAGUGUUAAAUGAUAAAUUUCAACUUCCUGUUUUUCUGGACAGUCAUUUUGUUUACUCGUUCAGCCCUGUUGCAGGCCUCAAUAAACUCUUCAUAAGGCUGACGGAAGUACCCUCUGCUAAGGUGAAGUUGCUCAUAGGUGCGUACAGAGUGCAGCUGCAGUGACUCACGGUGUGGGAUCCUGGCGCAGCUAUAACGUGUCCAGGUUUAGUCCCAUCUGUAAACCUUCGAGUCUUCUAAGAUGGGCAGUGAUUCUGGUAUACUAUAAAAUAUACACAUCGAUAUCUGCGCCAGUGUGCUGCAAUACUCAUGUUGCAUCCAAGCUGCAUAUUCCAGUUUUUUCCACAAUGUGGAACGGUACAUAUGAGGAUUAUUUAAGAAAAUUAAAAGACUUUUUUUUAACUUGAAAUUUUCUAUGAGCCCUGGUGAAUUUCUGUGUUAAAAAAAGAAUAAUAUGUAUGUUACAUUCAAGUUACCUAAGCACUAAAUAAAGUGUGAAUUUGUCA